AUGGCGGAGUUGGUACCUUUUACGGUUCCCACAGGGGGUGACAAAACCUUGCUUGUGUGGGAACUGAGCUCUGGACCCACGGCCGAGGCCUUGCAACAUUCUCUGUUCACAGUCUUCUCCCAGUUCGGCCUUCUGUAUUCGGUCCGAGUCUUCCCAAACGCCGCAGUGGCCGGUCCUGGAUUCUAUGCCAUCAUCAAGUUUUAUUCAGCGAGGGAUGCUCACACAGCCCAAAAGGCAUGCAACCAGAAGCAGCUUUUCCAGAAAUCUCCAGUGAAGAUUCGUCUUGGCACCCAACAUAAGGCAGUUCAACACAACGCCCUUGCCCUAAACAGCUCCAGAUGUCAGGAAUUGGCAAAUUACUACUUUGGUUUCAAUGGAUGGUCAAAAAGGAUCAUCAAGCUUCAGGAUCUUUCUGACCCUGAAGAAGAAAGGGAAAAUGAAGAUAUUGUGGCGCCUCUUCAGAAGCAAAGUCUGAAGUUCUUCUGUGCUUUAGAGGUGGUGGUGCCAUCCUACGAGUGCAGAAGCCCAGGAGUUGGCAUGGCUGAGGAACCUUUGGAUAACUUGGAAGAAGGGCCAUUAUCACUCCUUAUGAAAAGGAAGAAAACCCAGAAACUUGCUAUUCAGAAGGCUAUGACAAAUGCAUUCCAGAAACUGCAGAUUGUGGUUUUAGAAAGUGGCAAAAUAGCUGUGGCGUAUAGAUCCUGUGAAGAGGUCACAGAUGCUAGAACUGAAGAGGAACUACAGGAUUUAAUUCAAGUCAGCUGCUUUUCCUGGAAGCCGUGUGGCCAAGGGGAGGAAGAAUGCCUCUCAGACUUAAGCUUUGAGGAGGAAGAGUUCACAGUGCCAGAACUGGACUAG